CAUGUCUGAAUUGGGAGCAGGAAUAUUGAAAUAAAAAUAACACUUUUGUUAGUAUUAGUUAGGGAAUUUCAAGAGGGAGAUGCAACCUAGGGUGGGAAGCUUUAGUUCAUUAGAGGAAGGCCAAAUUCCUCUAAGGAUGAUGCACCAAUACAGCAAACAUCUACUUCCUCUUAGGCUGCUGCUUCUCUUCCUCUUGUUAGGGGUAGGUCUAGUGUUUCUCUACAUCAGUAUGUAUACGUACCGGUACAGUAACAUCCACAACGUUGCUUCCUCGACUGCUGCCACGAGGAUCCAGACUCACCACGACCGCUGUGUCCAAGAAUCCAAGGGCUUGGAGAGCUGGAUUAGGCCCCCAUCGAGCCUCUUGCACGCGAUGAAUGACACAGACCUCUUUUGGCGCGCCUCGGUGGUGCCUGUGAUCGAGAAAUACCCUUUUGAGAGGACUCCCAAGAUUGCAUUCAUGUUCUUGACAAGGGGGCCUCUGCCCCUUGCACCUCUGUGGGAGAGGUUCUUCAACGGGAGCGAGAGGCUUUACUCGAUCUACAUUCACUCCUCGCCUGGCUAUGACCCCGGAUUCGAGCCUUCUUCACCCUUCUAUGGCAGGCAGAUUCCUAGCCAGGUUGCUGAGUGGGGGAGGAUGAACAUGUGCGACGCAGAGAGGCGCCUCCUCGCCAACGCGCUGCUGGACUUCUCCAACGAGUGGUUCGUACUCGUCUCUGAGGCCUGCAUCCCUCUCCACAACUUCACCAACAUCUACACCUACAUAUCCCAAUCCCAAUUCAGCUUCCUUGGCGCCUUUGAUGAGGACAGCCCCUAUGGCCGGGGGCGCUACAACGAGGGCAUGGCCCCCGAGGUGAACCUCUCCGACUGGCGCAAGGGGUCCCAGUGGUUCGAGCUCAGCAGGAAGCUGGCAGUCGACGCGGUGCAGGACACACUCUACCACCCCAAGUUUGAGCAGUUCUGUAGGCCCCACACAUGCUAUGGAGACGAGCACUACCUGCCCACGAUGAUGACCCUGCGGUCGCCCCAUCUCCUGGCCAACCGGACCCUCACGUGGGUCGACUGGUCGAGGGGCGGGCCCCACCCGGCCUCGUACGACGAGGGGGAGCUGACGGAGAAGUUCUUCAAGGAUGCUGUUGGUGGUCCUGAGGGGUCAUGCUUGUACAAUGGACAGACUACCAAUGUGUGUUUCCUGUUUGCUAGGAAGUUUGCUCCCACUGCUGUGGAUCAUUUGUUGGCUAAUUCUUUCAAGUUUUUGGGAUUUUGAUGGGCUUGAAAUGAUUUUUGGAUGUGUUCUUGAUGAAAUUGAGGAGAAAUAUGGCAUCAUGUUGGUUGUGUAAUGAAAGCUGAGCUUUGUUCAAAUUAAUUAAAAUAAAGGGUAAUAGUGUG